AUGAUUCCCGCACUUGCCAAUGUCAUGAACAGCUUAGCAUCUGCUUCAGUGACGGAUGUUGCUGACGAAACUUUGGUGUUUCUGAUCGUGCUUGCUUCAUGUGCUUGCAUCACAGCUAUCCUUCUGGUGACUUUUGUGGUCUGCUGUAACUGCGUAGUUGUGCCAGUGUGCAAAUGCUGUGGAGGCGAUUCUAAACAUUGGGCACCAGGAGGUUGCUUGGUGUUUUCUAUGGUGGGGUUGUGGCUCCUCAUUCAUGCGACACAGUGUGUCAGCAACGUGCCGCGCCCGUUCUCUCCGACUUUCGUCCUCCAGCCCAGCUUCCAAAUAGAUGUGGAUCUGGAUGGUUUUCGACAUUUCUGCAGUGCUGAUGAACCUUUGCUGUUGAAAGCCAAAGGUCAGAUCACAGCAGGCACCGUGACUGUCAUUCAGGGUGAAUCUGCAUCUGGCAAGACAACUUUCGUCAAGUUAUUGGCCGGUGAGGGCAACCCACACUCCUGCUUUCAGGGAAGUUUGGCAUUCGCCCGAAUGCCAAGUGAUUUGCUCUACUCGGCAUUUGCUGUUGGGACAGCCCAAAACAUAACUUACUCUGCAGAACUGCACCGCGUGAUGCGAAGACAGGGUAUGUACAACCAUAUCGGGUACAUGCCACAAGAUGACCAAGCUGGUGUUGUGAGCCAGUUGACCGUAGAAGAGAACUUAUUUUUUGCACUUAUGUGGCAGCGACCAGAGCUCAGUCCCGUUGAACGGAACAACUUGGUUGAAAACAUUCUGGAAGAAUUGAAACUUCAGGAUGUGAGGGGCUUCAAGAUGUUGCAUACGGACCAGAAAGGCCAACUUUCUGGAGGGACAUUGGAGCGUGCAAAUAUGGCUCUCAGUCUGAUUGGCCAGAGGCCAGUCCUGUUCACAGACGAGCAUUCAGCUGGUCAGGGAGAAGAUGUGACCAGUGCCAAGGUUCUCCGUGAUUAUGCAUCCCGUGGACGAAUAGUGGUGAGCAUUGUUCACAGGGCCUCUGACAAAAGCUUCUCUUACGUCGACAACCUGAUCCUUUUGUCUGGCAGGGCAAGCAACAAAGAAGGACAAGCCCGCUUGCAUAAGAGCGUUGUAUUGUAUUGGGGAGACGCAAAGAAAGCUCAAAACUAUUUUGCAGAGCAUGGCUUUGAUCGCCUCGAUGAUGAAACAUUAUCCGAAUACUUUGCGCGCAUUUCAGUUUGCAGGGGCUUUGACCUGGACAUUUGUGAGAAACAUCAGAAGCAGAUUCUUGAAGGAUUUGCGCACCCCCUUUGCGAAGCUACCAAGAACGAUACAGGCAGUGAACAGAGCGAACCUGCUCUGCCAGAUAGUCGGGAUCAAGUGAUCUCGUUUUUGGUCCAAACGUUCACCGCAUUCCUCAAAUCCCAAGCCAUUGGCUUUGGAAAUGGAAUCAAAGUUCUAUUUUGCUUGGAUUUUACUUUGGGCCUUUGCCUUUGGUUGAGGUCCCUGAACACUCAGAAUGCUUACAAAGUUAGUACAGGCAGCUACCUUAUGAAUCUGUUCACUCUGAUUGUGAUGUCAGUUUUUGUCACUGGGUGGAUGUCAGUGGAAAUGACUCCUUUCAUUGAACGAGAUCGUCCGCAAGGAUUCAGUGAAUAUGCGUUCUUGCUUGGAAAGGGUGGCUCUAUGCUCUUCAGCACCCAGGUACUCGGCCAAAUUCACGUUAUCAUGAUGCGAGCUGCAUGGAAAAUGAAGUUAUUCAAGUUGCCAGCACCGGAGAUGAAUCAGAUGAAGUACCACAAGCACUUCAGUCUUUUGUACCUUUACCUUUUCGCCGUGAGCUUUAUCAUUGGCUGGUUCUUCUUGGACUUCCAAGCCGCUGUCCUCCUGACAAUUGUGGUUCACCUUGUUUGGGCAGCUUUUCUGGCAGGCUUUUUUCCUGAGGCUGCAGAUGUGAUUGCAGACAACGAAAUGGCAAAGCUCUUGAUGCAUAUGUCACCACCAUUCUUCAUUCUGCGGAGCAUCUUGCAAGAUGAGCUGAGGAACAAACCUGACAGCUUCUUUGUGCUUGGCCCUGAAGCGCCAACACCAGACGAAAAAGCAAAGCAAGGCAAACAAUGCCGCCAAGCCUUCCACGCAAAGUACCAGCUUACUGCAAAGACAUGGUCAACUUUGACACACUUGGAAGACGGUGCAAAAGUAGUUCUCUUGCUGCUGGUGGCUUAUCAGGCCAUAGUCCUGGACCUGGCUCGCCGAGAGCUGCUUUCCUAG